AUGAAUGUUUUAGAGCAAUCAUUAAAAUAAAUUCAGGAGUAAAAUUUUAAGGGUCAAUACAAAAAAGCCUAUGAACAACUUAAGUAAUUAGGAAGGGAUCUUGAGACUUAUGAUCCAUCCUUUAAGGUAUUUCAAAAAAGAGCAUAUAAUAUUGAAUUUUUAGCUGCAUUUUAUACUGAGUAUGGAAGUGUGGCUUUGAAGUUAAGUUUAUUAGAUAUCUCAAAAGAAUGUGUUCAAUGUGCUUUCUUUUAUCUAAAAGAUUUUGCAAAUAUGAAUCUAUUUAUAUUGAAUAUCCUUACAUAUUAGAGGAUCAAUUUUUGGCUCUGUCGGUACAAAAAUAUCUCUUAAAUAGAUUAGAUAUCUUGAUUCAAUUCAUUUGUUAAAAAGACUCUUGAAUGUUGUGCCAAAUUAAUUAACUCAUUAUAAAAUUGAGAUCUUUAUUAAUAUUGCCAAUUCUUAAAGAGCUUGGUGUAUUUAUGAUGAUGCUGAAAUCUCAAUCAAUUAAGCUGAAUAAUUAGCUAAUUAACUCAAUCCAUCACUUCAAAAUGAUUUACUCAAAACUAAUAUUCUGUUUCUUAAAGCUAGACUAUAUAUGGAUACAGAUAGAAGUAAAUAUGGACUAGAUUUUGCAUUAGAGUAUGUAAAUCAAAUGUUAAUUAGUUGUUAGUUGUUUACAGCAAAGAGAGAUGUUGUUGCCACGUGAUCAUCCUGAUAUUGCUAUUGCUAUGGAACUUGUUGCUAAAAUUAAUUUUAGUUAGAAUCUUGUCCAAGAAGCAUAAAAAUAUCAUGAUUAGGCUUAUAAGAUGAAAAUCAAGGCCUUUGGAUUACAUAAUUUUGAAACUAUUGAUUCAAUUAAUGAAAAAGGACGUCUCUUGCUCUCCUCUAAAAAGGUAUUCUUUAUUUUCCUAUUUAGGAAUAAUAAGCUAUGUAUUAUUUUCAAUUAAUAGGAGAAAUCAGUUAAGUACUUUUAGGCCCUCUUAAUUAAUACUAAGCACUCUCCUAUAACAAUCUAGGUUGUGCUUUAUUCAAUAUCGGAAAAUAUGAAUAAUCUAUUCAAUAACAUUCUAAUGCAUUAUUAAUCUAUGAAAAACUAUGCGGUUAAGAACAUUCUAAAUUGGUGUUUUCGUUAAACUAAAUGGCUAAUGCUAAUAAAUUACUUAACAGACCAAAAGCAGCUUACUUUAUUUGGAAGCGUUGUUAAACUAUUUUAGAGAAAAACCCACAAAUCAAUUCUAAAUAAUUGACUGCUAUCAAGUCUAGUUUAUAAGGAUUGCCUAUACAAGAAGAAGAUUGA